GGGGCGGGCGGGGUGCGGAGCCGCCGAUCGACUCUUGUUCCCCCGUCGUCCAGCGGCCGUCGGUCGUUUGGCGGCGAUGCAGCUCGGCCGCGGGGCCGUGGUGCUCCUGGGGCUGCUGGUCGGGGGGUGGGCGGCGGCGGCGGGCGCCGGCGGGGAGGCGGAGGAGGAGGAGCAGCAGCAGCAAGAGCAGCAGGAGCAGCACUACCCGCGGGGCGAGCACCGCUCCGACUACGAUCGGGAGGCGCUGCUGGGUGGCCAGGAAGAAGCAGAUGAAUACGAUAAGCUCGCCCCAGAAGAGCAACAGAAAAGACUGAAAGCAAUCAUAAAGAAGAUAGACUUGGACUCGGAUGGCUUACUUACGGACGACGAACUCAGUUCCUGGAUCCAGCUAUCUUUUAAACAUUAUGCUAUGCAAGAAGCGAAACAGCAGUUUGUCGAAUACGAUAAAGAUGGUGAUGGAGUUGUCACGUGGGAGGAGUACAAUAUUCAAAUGUACGACCGUGUGAUUGACUUUGACGAGAACACUGUCCUGGACGAUGCAGAAGAGGAAUCUUUUAGACAGCUUCAUCUGAAGGACAAGAAACGUUUUGAAAAAGCUAACCGCGAUUCCAUUCCUGGUUUGAAUCUGGUUGAAUUUAUUGCUUUUGAGCACCCGGAAGAAGUUGAUUAUAUGACGGAAUUUGUCAUUCAAGAGGCUCUAGAUGAACAUGACAAAAAUGCUGAUGGAUUUGUUAGCUUGGAGGAAUUCCUUGGCGAUUACAGACGAGACUCAACUGCAAGCGAAGAUCCAGAAUGGAUACUUGUUGAAAAAGACCGAUUUGUGAACGAUUAUGAUAAAGACAGUGAUGGCAAACUCGAUCAUCAAGAACUCUUAUCUUGGGUGGUACCCAAUAAUCAGGGAAUUGCCCAGGAAGAGGCUCUUCAUCUAAUCGAAGAAAUGGACUUGAAUGGUGACAAAAAGCUCUCCGAAGCAGAGAUUCUUGAAAAUCAGGACUUGUUCCUUACCAGCGAAGCCACAGAUUAUGGCAGACAGCUCCAUGACAAACACUUCUACCAUGAUGAGCUUUAGUUCCUGUGCAAUCCUGCCUCUUGAGUCCUUAUUUACAGUACUCAAAACUCUGUAACUGUUACCUACUUCACUUUGUGAUAAUAGCAAUGUUUUGCAUUUUAAGACUUUACUGUACUUAGCACUCUUUCAAAGAUGAAACCUCUUCUUAAAUAUUUAUUUCAACUAAUAUUUAAGUGCAACAUUAAUAUCUUGUUCUCUGACAAAGUAAAAUUACAAUUCCUAAAUACUGCAAUCUUGUUAGUACUGUAUUGAGGAAUUUGAGGCGCAUGGGAAUACUUGAAGAAAACGGAGGAUUUGAAUCACUCCUGAACAUUAUGGAAGUAAGUGACUGAGAUAACAGUAGUUUUUGGGAUUUGCUUAAGUAGGAGGUUUAAUAUUUUUGACAAGGGAGGGUGAACGGGCAGUGUUUAGGUUUAGUGUUGGUUUAAAAACCUUUAAAGAAACCUUCUGAAGGACUUAUACCUCAUGCAUUUGUUGAGAAGUUCUCAUUAGUUUUAAAAUGGUUUCUAUAAAGGUUUUAUUGUAUGAAAUAGAACUUUAUAUUUUUGCAUAUGUAUAGAUAGUAAUUAUAUUUAAUGUACAAGUCUAUAGCAUUAUGGUGUGAAAUUUAACAUUGUCCAGAGCCCUUGGCAUUUUUGACUGAUUAAAAAAGUAAAUGAUCCACUUUU